GAUGCAGAUGCGGAAACAGACAUGUUGGGUUUAAGAAGACAUGUGCUCAGUGCUCCGCUGCUAUAAUGGCAAAACCAAAGAUUUGUCCUGGACAGUACUGUCAAGCCAAACAAGUGAGAACUAUCCCAACUAAGGCACCAUACAUCUGAAAUUUGCUUGUUUCUUCUUGGUAGUUUGAACCUCCAUUGUUCAGCAGCAAUCUUACAGCUAGUGAGGAUAUCAUCCGAAAGUUGCGAAUUUGAACCACGAUCGUUGGAAAAUUGCAUGUGUUUGUGUGCUUGUUCCCCUUCGUUAAUGUCAAUAGCUCCGGUGCAUUCAUGUAAUCUCGCCAAUAAAUGUUCAUUGCGAUUAAAAAGAAACAAGCGAACGAGUCCCACGUGAAAUAGAGCUGUGAAAAUCACUUUCACCCACCAGCACUCGCAGUAGGCAACUAGCCGUUUGGUGCACGCGCAGCACCCCUGCUGCCAGAUCCCCCCAACCCACGAUGCCAUCCCUGAAACUCCCGGCAACUCCAGUGGCCGAUGCCCACCGCGACCUCUAUAUAUAUGGCCACCCCACCCCAUCGGCCCUGCCAUUCCGCCCUCGAUCGCAAAGCAAGCCUCCGCACAGCGAAUCAAACAAGGCUCGCUCAAACACCAGUCGAAUUCCAAGUUCCAACCAUGUGCAAGGCGGUGAUCACGCUCUCGUCGCUCGUCUGGCUGCGCCACACGCUGCGGCGGUGGCGGUCCCGCGCCGCGGUUCCGGCGGGGCACGUCGCGGUGUCCGUGCGAGGCGGCGGCGACGGCGACGGGGCGGCGUUGGGGCCGAGGCGGUUCGUGGUGCGAGUGGCGCGCCUCGGCCACCCGGCGUUCCGGGACCUGCUGCGGCAGGCAGAGGAGGAGUACGGCUUCCCGGCGGGUCCCGGACCGAUCGCGCUCCCCUGCGACGAGGGCCACUUCCUCGACGUCCUCAGCCGCGUGUCCUCGUCGGUCGCCUCGUGCGGCCUCCGUCGGUGCGCGCGCGGCGAGUCCCGGCCGCUGCUGCAGGGGAGAAUGGCCGUGGAUCACAACCUCGUCUGGUGAUCAGAAGCUGCGGCCAGUGCGAGGGGUAAAGAGAAGGCAAAAGCGUCUCGGCCCGGCUGGCGCAGCCGAGAAGACCGUGCACACGGGCACAGGCGGCAGACGCCGGGGCACAUCCGGGCGCCGUGCCGCCGUCGUCCCGUGAGCCAAAGGAAGCAGCGCAACGGCGACGGCUGGGGCACGGACGACGUUGUUAACAGCUUUCCUCUCAAAGUCUUAAUGAGCAACUAGAAAGCCUAGAAUUUUAUUUGUAGAAACUUUGGUUCCUGGUAAUGAGAAAAUGGUUAUUAUAGGACUCUAAUCGUGUGGCAUCUCCGAAAUAGGAUUCCUAACGUUGGUAAUAAGACUCUAAACGUUGGUAAUAAGCUGUAAUGACAUUUUGUGCUUUUUUAA